AGUGACACUCUCAGUGAACGGGACGCAGGCAGGGGCGCUUGUUUUCCCCGUCUCGGUUUGGGAAGGAAGGACUCAUCCAGCCGGUGCAGCAUGUGAAAGUCCAACACUGGCGACUUCCUCCUCUUUUAUUUUUACACAUUUUGCAGCCAGUUUCUGAUCAGAGAUAAGCAAUUCCACCGCACUGAUAUCUCCACUGAAAUGCCGUCAUGUCACGCGUGAAUGUCAGCUGGAUUAUUGCGGUGCUCGCGGUGGAGCUCGCGACACUGUCCGCCGCGCGCGCUCACAGCUGUCACGAGGUGAAAACGGCGUUUCAGGUGCGUCAGAUCGGCCAGCUGAAAUGGGUGCCUGAAACACCUGCUACAGAUGUGGACCUGUCGGUGUGCAAGCACGCUGGGCCAUCAUGUUGCACGCGAAGAAUGGAAGACAGCUACAGAGCGGCAGUCCUGAGAGACACCACCCAGAGCAUCAGAUCAUACAGCUUUGAGCUGAAAUAUCUCAUUUCUGCACAUGCCAUCGCCUUCCAGGAUACGUUCCAGUCUCUAAUAUCAUUCUCUCAGAAUCACCUGACCUCUCUGUUCGAGACCACAUACUCUUCACUCAUGUCGUCCAUCUCGCCUCACAUCGUCUGCCUCUUUACUGACCUAUCUCGCUUCCUCCAGGGUACUGGCAAUGUCUCCGUUGAAGCCGCUGUGCACUGUUUCUUCGACAGUCUCUUCCCAUUGGUCCACACUCGUAUAGUCAAUCCCGGCAUGGCUGCGAGCAUUGACGCGGAUACUUCUGACGACAACCAGCUCGGUGACUGUCUCCGCAUGACGAGGCAGGACGUUAACCCCUUUGGGACGUACCCAAAAGCGAUGGCAAAUGAGCUUGCGGAGGCAAUGCGGGCAGGUCGGGUGCUCAGCUUGGCGCUUGGCGUAGGGUCAGAGGUGAUGAACAUUACGGACACGGCGGAGUUAUCAAAAGAGUGCACGCGUGCUCUAGUGCGCAUGCAAUAUUGCUCUCAUUGCCGUGGACUCACCCUGAUCCGGGCAUGCAGUGGCUACUGCCUCAACGUCAUGCGCGGGUGCUUGGCCAGCCUCUCGGAGUUACACAACCCAUGGAGACAGUACGUCACCGUGCUGCAGGAUCUCUCACACAUGGUCGCCGGAGCGCACAACCUGGAGCUUGCUUUGCUGGGGAUCAGAGGUCAAGUUGAGGAGGCCAUUCUCUAUGCUCAACUUAAUGGGCCCAGGCUAACUGCCACGGUGGAUAAAGUAUGUGGUCACUCUUCAAACGCGUCUUCAAGCACAGAAGGGACGUUUCCUCCGGCCUCAGUCACACCUCCACCGGCCAACAUCUCACAGGACGUGCCAGGAGGCGAUACAAUCGGCAUGUUGGCGCACCUUCACAGUUCACUCCCUCUGAAAACCUCCAAGAGCGAUGGAGGUAGAACUCUGAAAAAUGUUGCACGGGAGUUUACGGCCUACAUCUCUCGUUAUAAGUCCUUCUUCGCCAUACUUCCAGAGACGUUGUGCGAAGCAGAGAUGGGCGUCGAUGAGCUCACGUGUUGGAGUGGAAACAAUGUGGUCAAAAGUUAUAAUAAAAGAACGGUGGGCAAUGGAGUCCGUGCUCAAGAAAAUAAUCCAGAAGUAAGGGUCCGAAGUGUUGACCCGGUGCUUAUGGAUGUCAAAAACAAACUCGAGCUCUUCAACAUGGAGAUCCAAGAGAUCAUGCCAGGUGUGGGGCACAGGGAAUCCUGGGACGAAACGGGCAGUGGGGAGAGCAGUGGCGAAUGUGAUGAUGAGGACGGUUGUGAAGGUUCCGGAGAGUCUGUGGCAUCUCCCCCUUUUACAGAAGCUGUAACCAAAAUGUCAGGAGAGGUCCAGGACCCGCCCAUGACCCAGAACAACCCUUCAUCUGAUGCGUCUCUUUCCACGGCGAGCUUCAUCAUCAUCAUCACCCUCGCUCUGGGGCUGCAGUGGCCCUUCAUCUGAAAGGCCACCACCACAUACACACACAAAGAUCAUAUGCACACAUGGGCGAACAUCAUAAAGAAAUGUCAGGCUCUUAUUCCCCCCAAAAAUCAAAAGAAAAAAGAAAGUAGAUAACUAAAAUCAGGCAUUUUGCAAAUUUGGCAUUGUAUUUAUUUCAUUCAAAAUUAAAUACGAACAGUUAAAGCAAAAAGUGAGAGUUUUAUUCAUUCUCAUAUCUGUCAUACAACAAAUAAAUUAUGUGCAUAUAUAUGAAGAGUUCAGAUGCAAAAGCCUCUAAAUGCCGUUUGAAAUUUUCUUCUAAAAUGACCAUUUUUAUCAAGCUUGUACAUUUAAGUUCAGUAAUUUCACGUAAAUGACAAUUAAUAGUUAAU